GAAAACUUUUUUUCGAUUUCUUGGCACGGAAUGGCGCAAAGACGCACCUGAAGACGCAUCUGCAUCCUCCUCAGGAGAUCCCAUGGCUCCUUUAGUGGCAAACCUCAGACCAAUCAGUCCGGCCUCUCUCUGAGGAGACCCGUCUCUCCAUGGUUACCCACAGCAUCGCCCUUCUGUAACACGCUUUCCAUAAGUUUCUCCUCGUCUCCACCAUGACAGCUGCUCCAGAGUCGCCCUGUCCGUUGGACAACAGGAACCUUAGCCUUGUUUCUGUCAGCCCUCCCUGCAACCAGACCACUAUCAUGUCCUCGCCUUACACGCCACAAGCCACCGCAGCCUUCGCUAUUGCUAUCACCUCCAUGAUGAUCAUAACCAUUGUUGGGAACAUCCUGGUCAUCAUCGCCGUCCUGACGUCUCGCUCCCUGAAGGGGGCUCAGAAUCUCUUCCUGGUGUCGCUGGCUGCAGCGGAUAUUUUAGUGGCCACACUCAUAAUUCCCUUCUCGUUGGCUAACGAGCUGCAGGGCUACUGGGCGUUUAGCUCCAUCUGGUGUGAAAUCUUCUUGGCCCUGGAUGUUCUCUUCUGCACCUCCUCCAUUGUUCACCUUUGUGCAAUCGCACUGGACCGCUACCUAUCGAUCUCUCGGCCUGUGUCCUACGGCACCAAACGCACACCCUUCCGCAUUAAGGCGUCCAUAGUUGUAGUCUGGCUGAUCUCUGCGGUCAUCUCUUUCCCUCCGCUGCUCACCCUGGACAAGAGUAAAGGAGGAGACGGGGUGUGCGAACUCAACAGUGAGAGCUGGUAUAUUCUCUACUCAACCAUUGGCUCAUUCUUCGCCCCAUGUGUCAUAAUGAUCCUUGUGUAUGCGAGGAUUUAUCAGAUCGCUAAGAAGCAUACACGGCAUCCUCCAGGACACAAGCAAAAAAUGGCUGCAGGGGGAAAUGCCAGCCUUCCAAGCACUGAACCACCUGCAAAGGUAUCAGAGCAGUCGCAACACAAUGGGGAUCAAGGAGGAAGGACAGGCAGCCAACGAGUGCGGAUCAAAACGCCUGGGUCGGAUUCCCCGCCAGAAUCACCUCAAAAACCACCAGAGAAUGAGUUCAACCAGAAUCCAUCUGAUCCAGGAGUCAAGAAAUCCCUCUCUUCUCCAACAGUCCCCCAAAAUGACAACCAAAUCAUCUCAGCUGUUCCCUGCAAAGCCCCCCAGACGCAUUACACCCAAAGGGCGGAUUCGCUUCCCGACAACAGCUCUGGCUCUGACACCGAGAUGGAAGUCUAUGAGGAAGGGGCUCUACGAACUGACAGCAAAGAAGACACGAGCAAGAGUGACGAGAAAACUAUGGGAGCGCCUCAAAGCAAAGGGUUCAGGGUUCAGGUGCUAAAUUUGGCCCACAGAUACAAAAAUACAAUGGCCACAUCAUCAGGCACCAAACUGGUACCAGAGGAAACACCGACCAAACAGGGUACGCCCAUAUCUCGCCGAAAAGCCAUGAUGAACCGGGAGAAGAGGUUCACCUUCGUCUUGGCCGUAGUGAUGGGGGUGUUUGUGAUCUGCUGGUUCCCCUUCUUCUUCACAUACUCUCUCAAGGCGGUGUGUCCUGAGACUUGCACCAUCCCUAAACCCUUGUUUAAAUUCUUCUUUUGGAUUGGCUACUGCAACUCCUGCCUCAACCCGGUCAUAUAUACCAUCUUCAACAACGAUUUCAGGAAGGCCUUCAAGAGGAUACUAUGUCGGGACACCAAGGGGACAUUCUUCUAG